AUGACGCCUGACAGCCUCUCUCUUCUCGUUGAUGGGAAUGUAAGAAAAAGUAGCCUCGACCCAACUCUAUUCCCUGGCGUUCCAUUGAGCGUUCUCGUUCACUCGGGUUUCGCUAGGGCGCAUGCGAGAAGUGCAAGUUCUGUCUUGUCGGAAGUCAAAAAGCUCAUGAAUGUAACGCGCACAAGGAGUGUCACCACAGUUGGCCAUUCACUUGGGGGAGCAUUGGCUGCACUCGAUGCGCUGUUCCUGGCCUUGAAUUUACCUUCCGGAAGUGAAGUGAGAGGCGUUACGUACGGAACGCCGCGCGUUGGCAAUGCCGCUUUUGCCGAGCUUUUGGACUUCAACGUACCUGACUUUUUCCGAAUCAAUCACAGAAAAGACCCGAUCCCCAUCGUCCCUGCUCAGUACUUAGGUUUUCGGCACCCUUCGGGCGAAAUCCAUAUCGAUAGAAAGAAAAAUGCCGUUUUCUGCCCAGGUGUGCUCCCUUUGGAUUGUUCAUGGGAGCUUGUCGCUUAUAUGCACUAUUCCUUUCAAAAGGUGCCGAUAAUACCGUUGACUCUGAAUGCUCGAACCAGGUGGUGA